CAUCGCAGUGUGCCUGGUGGGAUUGAUUCAUCGGGUUGGUCCGAGCUUCACUUUCCGAGAGCUUCGAUGACCAUCAUAGAGCCUCAGCGUCAACACACAAUCUCAACCCCUCCAAGCCACCACCCUCUCACCCACCAUCUCGACCCACACGUCCUCACCCUUACCUCCACAUAUUCUCGGCCGAAUCCUACGUGAUGCCCGCCACAACAGCAGAGACGCUGUCACUCGUGACCCGUAACGUCUCGGUCGCGCCUCUCGUGCUUCUCUCCGCAGCAGAUCACUACGGUCGACAAGCAAAAGGCACACGAAAGCGAGUGGUCGGUGUGCUCCUAGGGCAGAACGACGGCAAAAAUGUACGGGUUUCCAACAGUUUCGCUGUGCCUUUCGAAGAAGACGAGAAAGACCCUUCAGUUUGGUUCCUGGAUCACAACUAUGUCGAGUCGAUGAACGACAUGUUCAAGAAAGUGAACGCGCGGGAGAAGUUGAUUGGGUGGUAUCACACUGGUCCUAAACUACGUGCGUCCGAUCUCGAGAUCAACGAGUUGUUCAAGAGAUAUACGCCGCAUCCGCUACUUGUCAUCAUCGAUGUGCAACCACAAGAAGUGGGUGUACCGACAGACGCAUACUUCGCGGUGGAGGAAAUCAAGGAUGACGGGACCACAACUUCCAAGACUUUCGUUCACACACCCUCAUUAAUUGAGGCAGAAGAAGCAGAAGAAAUCGGUGUUGAGCACCUCCUCCGAGACAUCCGUGACGUCGCCGUCGGCACCCUCUCCACCCGCAUAACCUCACAGCUUCAAUCAUUGCAGGGCCUGCACCUGCGUCUCCGUGACAUUGGCCAAUACCUACAGAAGGUCCUGGACGGCGACCUGCCCGUUAACCACGCCAUACUCGGCAACUUACAAGACGUAUUCAAUCUUCUCCCGAACCUUUCCACGCCGAAGCCCACACCAGUCGGCGGCGCCACAAACGGAGUCGGUCCAGCAGCCGGCGUAGCUGGAGGAUUGGACAAUGGCGAGCUGGCGCGCGCGAUGAGCGUCAAGACGAACGACCAAUUGAUGGCCAUCUAUCUCUCGAGUUUGAUCCGCGCCAUAACGGCGUUCCACGACCUGAUUGAGAACAAGAUCCAGAACAAGCAAGCAGCAGAGGAUAAGGAAAGCAAAAAGGAGGAAGGUGACAAGGAUAAGAAGGCCAACGGCGCGAGUAGCGAGGCAAAGGAAGGAGACAAGGAAAAGGAGAAAGACAAGGUCAAGGAGGAGAAGAAGAAGGGUUGA